UGCAUGGAGUAGUACAAUCUUUGGCAGUGCCAGCUGAUUGCCUUUUGGAAACAUAGUGUCUAGUGUCCUGAAAUAAAUUUGCUUAGCUUUUGCUUAUGUAAAAAUGCUCAACUUCAUGACCACAUCCGUAAAGAACCGAGAUGUUAUAGAUGUCUAACUUGCAUUCGUAUAAAAUAGAGACAGAUGCAGCUCUUGGAAAACAAACUAUAAAGUCAUCUGAAUAUUUUUUAAGUGACUUCACUGAUGUUUUGUCUUAGGUUUUUUAGGAUUCAUGAUUAAUAUUUUCAAAGGUGAUUCAUCUUCCAUCUUGUGUUCCCCUAUUGUUGACCUAACCUUAAGAAAACAUGAUAGAGCUUAAGAAGAAAGAACAUUUGCUGAAACUCUCAUUUUUGCAUAUUUCUAUUGGUAAAACAUCACUUGCUGUCCACGGAUAUUAGAAGAAACUUAGAAAAUUAGAACUGGUGUGCCAUGGGCAGUCUGUCUCCAUCUGUUCCCCAUUUCAAGAAGACAUCAUUAACUCCACUACUCUGAGAUUUCUCCACCUCUCCCCCCUGCCCUGCCCCACAGAAGGAACAAAGGAGGACGCAGGAGAACACGCUGCUAACACCUGCUGGGACAGACAAAGCCGAGCUGACUUUGUACCUUGCAUGUAACACCUCCAAGAAUUCAACCCAUACUGUCUAAGAAUUUUUAUUUCCAUUUACAUAUGAUUCGUCUUAUAGGCUUCUCUUGCUAAUGAUUGAUAGCAACAUGAGGGCAAAGGAAAGAGGAGAAAUCCUCUUCAUGAUUUCAAAAAAACAGGAGAGAUGAUGCUCAUUAAAGUAAACAAAUCACUGGAAGUAAAAACCAAGCUGUUAAAUACCACGGAGCAGUGUGCCAAGAGAUGCAGCAGGAACAAAGGCCUUUCAUUCACUUGCAAGGCCUUUGCUUAUGACAGAGUAACAAAACGAUGCCAUUGGUUAUCCUUCACCAGCCUGACAAAUGGUGUGAGAAAGAAGCAAGACCACGCGUUUGAUCUGUAUGAGAAGAAGGACUAUGUCAGGAAUUGUAUUAUUGGAAAAGGCGCGAGCUACAAAGGGACGAUAUCCGUAACCAAAAGCGGGAUCCAGUGCCAGGCCUGGAACUCCAUGAUCCCCCACGAGCACAGCUUUUUGCCUUCGAGCUAUCGGGGUAAAGACCUGCGGGAAAACUACUGUCGAAACCCCCGAGGGGAAGAGGGAGGGCCAUGGUGUUUUACCACCAGCCCAGAGACGCGCCACGAAGUCUGCGACAUCCCCCUCUGCUCAGAAGUUGAAUGCAUGACCUGUAAUGGAGAAAGUUACAGAGGACCAAUGGACCACACUGAGUCGGGCAAGGAGUGUCAGCGCUGGGAUCUGCAGAGGCCACACAAGCACAAAUUUCGUCCAGAGAGAUAUCCUGACAAGGGCUUUGAUGAUAAUUACUGCCGCAAUCCUGAUGGCAAGCUGAGACCGUGGUGCUACACUCUUGACCCUAACACCCCCUGGGAGUUCUGUGCAAUUAAAACGUGUGAUCCGAGCGUUGUGAACAGCACGGACGCAGUGGCCGAGACGUCGGUGUGCAGCCAGGGCCAAGGCGAGGGCUACCGUGGCACCGUUAACACCAUAUGGAGUGGAGUCCAGUGCCAGCGGUGGGACUCCCAGUUCCCUCACCAGCACAACAUCACUCCAGAAAACUUCAAGUGCAAGGAUUUGAGGGAGAACUACUGCCGAAAUCCAGAUGGAUCUGAAUCACCCUGGUGUUUUACUACUGACCCAAACAUCCGGAUUGGUUAUUGCUCCCAGAUUCCUAAGUGUGAUGUAUCAAAUGAACAAGACUGUUAUCGUGGAAAUGGAAAGAGUUACAUGGGGAAUUUAUCCAAGACAAGAUUUGGGCUAACUUGCUCCACAUGGGACAAGAAUAUUGAAGACUUACGUAGGCAUAUACCAAUAUUCAGAGAACCAGAUGUUAGUAAACUGAAGAAAAACUAUUGCCGCAAUCCAGAUGAUGAUGCUCAUGGUCCCUGGUGUUACACAGAUGAUCCUCUUGUUCCCUGGGAUUACUGCCCUAUUUCUCGGUGUGAAGGUGAUACAACUCCUAUCACAACCAAUUUAGAUGAUACUGUCAUUCCUUGUGCCUCAACAAAACAGGUGAGAGUUGUAAAUGGAAACCCAACACAGACUAACAAAGGAUGGAUGGUUAGUCUGACAUACAGGAAUAAACAUAUCUGUGGAGGUUCUUUGAUAAAGGAAGACUGGGUUCUAACGGCAAGACAGUGUUUCCCUUCUCGGUACAAAGAUUUGAAAGAUUAUGAAGCCUGGCUUGGAGUCCAUAAUAUCAAAGGAAGGGGAGAGGAGAAGCAUAAACAAGUUCUGAACAUCUCCCAGUUGGUCUAUGGGCCUGAAGGGUCAGAUUUGGUCUUACUGAAACUUAGCAGACCUGCCAUAUUGACAAAUUUUGUAGAUAUAAUACGAUUGCCCAUUUCUGGGUGCACCAUUCCAGAGAAGACCACUUGCAGUGUUUAUGGAUGGGGAUACACUGGAUUAAUUCAUUAUGAUGGCCUUCUCCGGGCAGCAAAUCUGUUUAUUUUGGGAAAUGAGAAAUGCAACCAAUAUCUCAAAGGGAAGAUCACUGUGAAUGAGUCAGAAAUCUGUGCUGCAGCUGAAACCAUUGGUGCUGGGCCUUGUGAGAGAGAUUAUGGUGGUCCCUUGGUUUGUGAACAAAACAGGGUGAAGAUUGUAGUGGGUGUGAUUGUUCCUGGCCGCGGAUGCGCCAUCCGAAAUCGUCCCGGGAUUUUUGUUCGGGUGGCGUUUUACUCCAAGUGGAUACGCAAGAUUCUGCUGACGUACAGAUGAGUCGCAACUGAAUGCCCUGCACACCUCAACAACUGCCAUUCACAGAAAGAUUUCGGACAGCGUGAAAUUGAUGUAUAAUGUAAAGAUCAACAAUUUUUAACUACUUGAUAGUCAAGUUUGUUGAGCUUUUAAUAUUUAUGGGUGUUUUUUGGUGUUUUUUGUCUAUCAGUGUUGUUUUAUAAAUUUUGGAGUGUCUUACAGUAUAUGCAAGUAUGGUGACAUAUCUCCUGAAGAUACUUGAAUGGGUAAACAAUUUUGCAAAGAUCUUAUUGCUGGAUGGUAAAUGGUUUUGUAGAAAUAGAUCAUAUGACCUCUUUUAUGCUGCUCUUCAGAUUAUCUUAGAAGGAGAAAGAAACAAUAGUUUUGUUUAACACAGCUUAUUCUUUCUAUGAGCCAUAUAUUUCUCUCCAUAUGUGACAAAAGACCUAUUGAGAGAAACAUGUAUCAGUCAAGGACAGCGUAUAUGAUCCUAUUCCUCUUCCCACAUUAUGAGAAGUUAAAAGUUGGAAUGUUUCAUUAAAAAACAGUCUCUUUAAAAGUUAUCUUUUCAUUGUUGACCAACUUUGCACAGCAGAGCUCUCAUAGCUGUCAACAUCCCUUCUUUUACAUAGAGUUUAUAGACUCUAGUUCUGUACUUGGUCCCUUCAGUGCAUACAUGGUCCCCUAAGGGCUAUCUCAAGAAACCCUCUGGGUGAGGGAAGAGACAUAGCAGUGGAUUGGUUGGAAAAUUAUCAGUCAUUUGUUUAAAGGAAGUCCCAGAAAUAACUGUGAAUUUACAGCACUAAGUGUGUUUCAUAGGAUUUGAAAAAUUAAUCCUGAUUAUCUACUGACAGAUAUUUUUGUCAUUAAAAGAAAUUUCAAUCACAUGCCCAAAUCUUUCUCAAAAGACACAUUUUAUAAAUUCUGUUGAUUCUAGUUAAAGCAGAAAAAGGGACAGCUGAAUCUGGCCCCUUGCUGAAAGGCUUAAUGAUGAGAAAAUAUAAGAUACCAUAAUCGUCUUUUCAGAGACAUCAGAUCUUUAAUAAAAUCCUACAAAAAAUUUGUCAAAAUAUAUCCUUCGUAUAAUUCCUUUCAGGGUAAUAAAGUUAUUGCAGGGAUUGAUAUGAUCUUGUGUGUAACAUGGAAAACAUCACUAAUAGUUUCGUAGCUUGGGUUUCCUGUCUAUAUGCAGAACCAUCAUUUUCCUUUCUACUGAUGGGGAAAGAGAACAAAUAAUCAGCAUCUAUGAAAAGUAUUUUUUCUCCUUUAGACCUUUGCUUAUAUGGGUGGAAGCAUUAUACAGUUAGCAGAUGGCAAUGUUUCAUUAUAGGUACCACCAAUUACCCUAUAAUUUCUGGAAAAUUGAUAAAACAUAUAUCCAAUUGUUAUUUUUACUACUGUACAUGUAAUUGCAUAAGUAACUGCACUGUUACUAAGUUUGUGAGCUAUGUAAUUGUAUAUAUUUUCAGUAGCAAAUUGUAAGGUAUGUACCAUAUCUAACUGCAUAGCCACUAAAACUGACAUCAUGGUGUAGACAUAUAAAAGAACGACUCAUUACAUUCAGAUGAUGCAUGAUUGAAUUCUGCCCAAGCAGAAAGUAACCACGUAAGGGGAGCUGCCUUGGGAGACAGCCCUGAUGUCGACUCACCAAAUUAUUUUCUUCAGCAGUGCACUUUGACUUCAGUGGGACUUAAAUAUGCUUACAUAUCCUGGUGAGCUGGGAUGAGUUUCAGCCCAUGCUUAAGUGGCUUACUGAGAUUGAUGUUGAGCAUCCAAAAGAUUCUACUGGCACAUGGAAAGAAGCAUUUCAGUAAGCAGAGCUUCUGAAAUCCCUUCUGAUGUAAAUAGACUCCUUGGACAAGAUGCGACUUCUCUGUACAGGGGAUCUGAGGUUGUGGAUGCUACAUGGAUAGUCUGUCUUGAUCUCUUCUGGCUGCCUCUGAAGGCUUUCUGCUCCUUUUGGUCUCUCUUAUUCACCAGGCCAGAACAGGGCAGGAUUUAGCCUGUUGUAUUUACAGUUCAUUAUUGCCAUGUAUGUAAAGAGUAUAUUCUUACUAUACACUGACUAUAUCUUAUUGAAGGGAUUGACUUUUUAAGAGAGACUUUUAAAAACUCCAAGUGAGUUUUGUUUUCAGUCACAAGUAGAAUGUGGAUAAAAUAUACGAUUCCAUGUUCACUCUUUGUAUUCUAAGAAUUGUUAUGUGCUCACUGUACUAUAUUUGCAGGCAUUUUGUUAUGUCUAUCUAAAAAAUUGAAUCCUAAAGUAUUUUAGUUAUAAGCUUCUGCUGUGCAGAAGACUGUGAUUUUUAUAUAUAUAUAUAUAUAUAUAUAUGAUAAAAAUACUGUUUUUUGUUAGACAAUGUGUAAGGAUUUUUACCUGUUUGUUCUGGGCAGUGCCUCAGUAAAAUAAGUUGUGCAGAGUUGAUGCUCCAGAACUUAACAUGUUUGUAUGCACUUGCUUAUCAGGUGCUCUUGCUCCCCCCGUCUUAGUAUGGAAGGCGCAUGAGACUCUGGAAAGCAAGGGAAGAGAAGAAUAAUGGUAUGUGGUAAUGAAUUUGUACUUCAUUUAUUCCUGAGAAUAUUUCUUGUUGGUACCAAUGGUACCGUAGCAGGCAACUGUUAUAACUACAGGAUUCUCUUAAAAAAGGACGCUCUAUAGAUAUUUCUUCAUUUUUCUGACAUUUUUCUUUCUGUAACGAAAGAGGAACUUGUUCUAGUGCCCAUCUAAAUUGCUGGAAAGCCUCUUAUUGACUUCAGGGGGAUUUGGAAUUUACUUUGUAUAUUUGAUUUUUUUCAUAUUAAAAGAGAGUAAUUGAGUGAGAAGGCUACAGACCUCAAAUUCUUAUCUGAGGACAUUUUGAAACCCCAUUGUUUCAUCUUUAUUUUCUUUGCUGCAACUAGCCCAUGGAGUCUGAAAAGUGCAAUAACUGGAUACAAAAUUUCAGAAUUAAGACCUAAGACCUCACUGCACCACAGAAGUUAAUUUGACUUUAUGAUUGAUUUUCUCUGGGCAUUGGAACUGGCUGAUAGUUCUUCCUUUCAUUAAUGAUUUUUUUUUUCCCUAAAAGAACAUUUUUCCCCAUCUCUUUUUCUCUCAUAAACCUCAUGACCCUCGGAGAAGCUAUAGCUCUCAUUGGAAAUGUACUGAUCUAGAUUUUUGCUGCUGCUGCUGAAAUCUUUGUCUCUAGUUUAAGAUUACAAUUCUCCGAGGCAUCCUGCAGACCUCUCCCGCGGGCAAUGCCAAUGUACUUGACAGAGCUACUUACACAAGUUAGAGUUUUCAGACGAGGGUCCAAAUUUAUCUCUGAGGGUCGGAAUCUAGUCAGGCAAAAUGUCCCUUGAAGUUAGUGAAUGUGAUUGUCAAAAGAAUUGGGGCUGAAAUUUGCUCAGUGCUUUUCCCUAUGGCCGUGCACUGAACUGCUUGUAACCUUGCAUGUCAAAAAGCACACGGAUUCUGGACUCCACGGCAAGCACAACAGCAGGCCAGGCUUUAUUUCCAUGCUUUUGGAAGGCUGGUUUUAAACCAGCUGACUCCCUCUGGAACCUGUAUAAAACCUAUUGGAUUGAUUAAGUGUUGUUUCCUUAUCAAUUAUUUUCUUCCUCCUUCAUGUGCACUGGUAUAUUAUUGUUUUAUAAAUGUUGGGGCUGCUGGCAGGAACUAACAUGGCUUUUCACCCUAAACUUUUGCAGUGUUCCUUUUUAAAUGCACUCUUGGGCAUUUAUGCAUGGCGUUGGAUCCAACUUCAGGGAGCUGUCUGGGGAAUUCAGUGUAUGAUAAAAGUAUGUUUUUGUAUUUAAGUGGGAAAAAAUGUUCCCACUAGAUACAACUAGCUGAAUGCCUAAUAAGAAGGGAACACUGUGGUUAUAACUUGUAAUACAAACAUUCUGUAAUUAACUGCAUCUUCAUUAGUUAAUAAAGUUGGUAUUUUUGUAA